GAGUGAAGCCCCUCUGCCCCUGGGCCCAGGUGCGCUCCUCAGCGUCUCCGGGUGCUGGGCGCGCGGGAUGGAGCGGGCCAAGGCGGCUGCACCCGAGAGCCAAGCCGGGGCCAAAGUCCCAAUGGAGCCCGUGGGAAACCUGCUCCCCAGGCUGGAGCAGCCGCAGGUCCCCGCGGAGACGCGACAACCUGAAGGUCCCGAAAGCAGCCCGACUCCAGCCGGGGCAGGAGAGGAGGCAGCGGGCGCGGGCCGGGAGCCCUCGAGCGAGAAGCAGCUGCCCUCGCCUCGCCCCGGGCCCCUGCGCGUGCCGCCACUCAGCCUGGGCUACGGCGCCUUCGGUGGCCUGGGGUCCGCCUGCCCCGAGCCGCGGUCCCCGGGCCCCCUCUCGGCCGAGACGCCCCGGAAUAGCGAGGCGCCCGGGGCUGAGCCUGCGUCCGGAGCCUGGGCGCCCAUAGAGCUGCAGGUGGAAGUGCUCGUGAAGCCUGUGGGCGCGGCCGGCGGCAGCAGCACGCCCUCGCCCCGGCCCUCCACGCGCUUCCUCACGGUGCCGGUGCCCGAGUCGCCCGCCUUCUCCCGCAGCGCGGCCCCCGCGCACCAGCUCCUGCAGCGCGCACCGUCCCCGGGAGGCACGUGGGGCCGCGGUUCGCGGCUGGCCGCCGCCCGGACGGAGAGCGGCCGCGACGCCGAAGGCCCGGCCAGUCCCGCCGAGGGAAGCGCCGACUCCCCGAGCUCCCGCACGUGCUGCCGCUGCAAGGAGCUGGGACUGGAGAAGGAGGGUGCGGCGCUGCUGCCCUGCGCGGAGUUGCACCGCGACAAGAAGCUGCCCCGGGCCGUAACUCACUUGGUUCUCGUCUCGGGCCUCCCUGGUUACUCCCUGUGUUGCGCCUCUGAGCCUCUGUGCCGUUCUCCCUCCUGGAGGGCUCUCCCGUCUCUGCUCCUUGUUGUCUUUCGGCGGCCGCGUUCCAGCCAUCUGGUCCACUUGGUUUUGAAGCAUCAGGAACACUACUGCCGACAACCCCCAGCCAUGUGGUGCUCUAAGCCAGGCCCGCCGACCUCCAAGACAGCCCUCACUCCUCUCUGGUUUGGGCUGUCCAUGUACAUGAAGUCCCUGCGCCGGGCCCUGGCGGUCAUGGCUGUGCUCCUGGCAGUCUCCGGGGUUGUCAUUGUGGUCUUGGCCUCAAGAGCAGGAGCCAGAUGCCAGCCAUGCCCCCCAGGCUGGGUGUUGUCUGAGGAGCACUGUUACUACCUCUCUGCGGAAGCGCAGGCCUGGGAAGCCAGCCAGGCUUUCUGCUCAGCCUACCACGCUACCCUCCCCCUGCUGAGCCAUACCCAGGACCUUCUGAGCAGAUACCCAGUCUCCAAGCACUCCUGGGUGGGGGCCCGGCGAGGACCCCAGGGCUGGCACUGGAUCGAUGGGGCCCCCAUGCCGCCCCAGCUACUCCCCGAGGAUGGAGAGAACAAUUCAGAUAUCAACUGCGGGGCCCUGGAGGAAGGCACGCUGGUGGCUGCAAACUGCAGCACUCCAAGACCCUGGGUCUGUGCCAAGGGGACCCAGUGAUCUGGGCUCUGCCUGUCCUCAGCCUGCCAGGUGGAUGCAGCACCCCUACCGGGGAGGCCAGUUGAGAGCUGGGCAGCCUCUGCCUGGAACCAGGCUCUGGGUCUCCCUGCUCUGCUCGAGCAGGCCCACAUGAGCGAGCCUAGGAGCUGGACUUCAACCCAGGAAGAUGCAUCCGAAGGAAAGGAGACUUUCUAUGGCUCAGGCCUGAGUGCCAAUAUUAGUCUCCACUUCUGUGGCUGAUUGGUUUGAUGACAUCAGGAUGGUUAUUCAACAUUUCUGAGUCCUGGUUUCAUUCAAAUGACAAUUUCUCCCUAGAGGAAAAAGACAGGGUUGACAACCACAGCUGACUCCAAAAGGUUCUCAUUCCGGCUCGUGGAAAUGAGUCCCGUUGUUCAGUGGCAAUGGGACCUGGCAGGGAUAACAUCAUUGCUGUGAAUUCUAUUUCAGGCAGCCGGGUGUACGUCGGACACAGCCUACCCUCAGCCUCUGUGGAAAAUAACCAAGCAAAAGGAGCAGUCAGCCCCUGGAGGAGGGGACAGCGAGGUUUCCUUCCCUGCCCUGAGAGUUGGCAAACGGUUGGCAGACAGAAAGGGUCUGGGUGGAGAUCCCACAUGUGGGCUGGCCUGCCCCUGGCAAGCUGAUGCCCAAGGGUAAGACAAGGCAGAGAGGACAGGGCCACCUAGCAGGAGAAGCCAGGAAAGCACCCCAGCUUGGUAGGCAGAAGCUGAGGAGUCCGAGUGAGGAAGGACUCGGAGAAAUGCCGGCAGGUUCCAGGCAGCUCUUCCACCACAGCUGCAGACACACCAGCCUGGAGGUGUCUCUGUGCUGGGGUGCGGUGAGGACCUUCAGCCUAGAGCAAGUGGCUGACAGGGUUGUAUAGUCCCUUAAGUCCAGCUAGACCUCCAAGCACCAGGAGCCCGGCCUGCAGCUCAGAUUCGUGCUGAGCAGGCACUCACCCAGCCCGUGCAAGCCAGCCUUCCCUCCAAAGUCAGAUCACGCACCCAGAUCCCUCCCAAACAAAUCUUUAUUGGUGCAUUUGAACCAGUAACUUGUAUGGGCCGUCUGGGAGAAUGAGAUAGAGAGACCUAGAUGGGAGAAAUUUCUCACACUCAUGAGACGUAACAACAAAAAGGGAAACGGAACUGUCCUGGCUGGAUAUGAAAUGCGUAGCUUGACUGAGGCAGGUACCAAUCGAGAUACAGCCUAUGCGGGCAGGAAGCUGUGUGUGUGACCGCCCCCAGCCCUGCCAUGUGUUCCCAGGGUCUGUGCCCAGAGAAAUGACACAUCUGUAGGUCAUGAGUAUACAGAACCUUAUCUAGCCUUCUCAGUACCUUUCAGAGAAGGGAAGUGCGAUACUCAAAGACACCCAGCUGUGGCUGAUUGGUUUCAUGACAUUGGGAUGGCGGUUUAGCAUUUCUGAGCCUCGGUUUUAUUAAAAUGACAAUUUCUCCCUAGAGGAAAAAGACAGGGUUAACAACCACAGCUGAUUCCAAUCUGGGUUCUCGUUCUGGCUCACAGAACAUUUACACUGUGUCCCGCUCUAGCCCUUGCUCCCUGCUCUCCCAGUUCUAGUGCUCAGGGCAGCACUGGCAGAAUAGAAAUACUGAGUUAAAGACCACAACAUCCGGCCGGGCGCGGUGGCUCAAGCC